AUGGAUUAUCCGCUCGCAGUCUUCACUAUAAAUCCAGUCGCGCGUCCCUUGGAUCUUGCAGCUUUGACAUCUCUCACACUGCAUAUCACUGUCCGACAUGGAUGCGGUCGCUCUCUCCCUGCAGCUGGUCCAAACGGCCGAUAAAAUAUGGACGUUUCUGAAAAAUGUCAAAAACGCUCCCGAAGACCUUCAACGAAUUUCCGACACGGUCGAAUCCCUUCGCACCAUCUCAAAAAACGUCCAUACGGUCCUGAUCUCACAACAGCCCCAAGUCGUUCAAGACCAACAAGACCCUGUCCCUGCUCCCCGUCCGCUUCCCGGAAUAGAAGCCUGCCUGCGAAAAUGCGAAGAACAACUGCGGCCCCUUGAAGACAUUGUGAACAAGCAUAGUGCUGCCUUCCGGAACGACUCACCAAAACUCGAUAAGCUUUGGAGCAGCAUCCGCAUGGGCUUCAAGUCCAAGGACAUUGCGGAUUUCCAUACCCGUGUCCAUAGGGAAAUGGACUUCCUGAAGCUCUGGCUUGAGCUCAAUUCUUAUCACUAUAAGGACAUACGUUCUAUGCAGGAAAGUUUUCUCAUGGCCAUUAAGACUACAAUGACACAGGUGGUACCCGUCAACCAAGGUACAUGUCCAGCACCGAAUGUGGGUCCCGCAUCAAGCAGCGAUACGUACAGCUACAGUCAGGACAUUGAUCUCUACGCACCUUCACAUCGAACAACGGUUGAUGUUGCUCCCCACCGCCGCUCAACACAGUUACUGGUCAAGGUCCACUCAAUUGAUAUGCCCCUUAUUAUUCGAUGCCUAGGUCUUCGGGGAAAGAAAGUUCGCAAGUAUCUCCAGUUUGAACAGAGAGAUGAAGAAAACAUAAACUCGGAACGGCCAGUCAUAAUCUCCGAGGAGGUCGUGUACUCCUGGGAAUUCCACAACCUACGUCGCGGAGUUGAACUACAUUUUGAUUCACUCCAUAGUGCCAUACUACCCGCCGUUUCUUCCUAUCCAGUGAUGCAGGGUAGUAUGCUCCGGCUAUGUCGUGAUAUAUUUGCAACAGGCACUCUGAAAGACUUGCAAACGGCCUUCAGCAGCGGAAAGCUACAUCCGUUCACGCGGAACGUUGAUGGCUAUACUCUACUUCAUCGGCUCGUUAUUGUAGAGCAGACUUCUGUCAGCUUCUAGUGGCUCUGGGUUGUACCGUUGAGAUGUGCAGACGAAGCCAGUCGGACCCAAUUCGAAGCCCCGCAUGGUCUGCAUGCAUUUACAGUGUUCCCGACGAGUACCAACGAAUCGACACAUUGCGAUUUUUGCUCCAGAAUGACGAUGCAUUUGAUAUCGAACAUUUUGAACCCCGCUUUUGGACAUGGGAAUUCGACCCUGAGGUAGACCGCUAUCGGAGCGGGCCAUUUGCCCAGUGGCUAUGGGAC